AUGAUUUAUAAUGAUAAGAAUGAAGAUUGGAAAGAUAGAGAAAAUCGUUUAGUUGAUAUAAUAAAGAAAGAAUAUUAUUAUAAUAAGAAUGAAGAAUGUGAUGAAUAUAAUAUAGGUGGUGGGAUAAUAGGAAAAGAUAAAUAUGGUUAUAAUGAUUGUUAUAAAGGUGAUAAUAUUAUAUUAAUAAUAACAGAAUAUAUUAAGAAAGAUUGUAUAUUAGAUAAUUAUAUAUUGGAAUAUAAAAAGUUAUAUGAUAAUUUAGAUUAUUAUAUACAUUAUAUUGAAAAGAAGUCAGAUAUUGAUUAUCUUAUUGAUAAUUAUUUUAUAAAAAAAAAAAGAGAUAUAACUAGUAUAAUAAAUGAUAUAGAGAAAUAUAAAAAAUUAAAUGGAGAUAUGAAUGAUAUAGAAAUGACAACAUAUACCAUAUCAGUAAUAUUAAAAUUGAAUAAACACAUAUUAAGUGCAUUUCCAAUGUUAAAAAAUGUUAUAGAAGCAUUAAAAAAUGAUAAUCACAAUGAAAAUUUUUAUUACAUAAAUAAUAGGAUAGGUAUUAUAGAAAAAUGGAAGAACAAGAUUUUUAAUAUGUCCUGUAAAAAAAAAACAUAUAAAUCCAUAGCUCAUUCCUUUUUACAAACAAAUAAUGAAAUUAUGGAUAAGCAAAAAAAUAAUGAAAACUUUGAUAAAUGCGAUCAGUACAUGAAUCCAUGUUAUAUUAAUAAAACAUAUAAAAAUGAACAUAAUAAUUAUUAUGAAUAUAAUUAUGUGCAUAAUAAGAAUGUAAAUGAUACAUAUAUAGUUGAUAAUAAUAAUAUGAAAAAUUAUUAUGAUGAUAACAUAUAUAAUAAUAGCAUAUAUAAUAAUAACAUAUAUAACAAUAAUAACAUAUAUAACAAUAAUAACAUAUACAAUAAUAAUAAUAUGUAUGAACCCAAUCAUAUGUAUCAAGGUGAUUUUUCAGAUGAUACUAUAAAUGUCAUGAAUUCUACUAAUAAAUAUAAGAAUUCCAACAAAUUGAUUCAAAAAAUUAAUGCACCAUAUGAAAAUAAUAUUGUUAAUUAUGAAGACAAGAACUCUACAUUUUUUUACGAAAUAAAUAUAACAACAAAUAAAAAUUUAAUAAGACUAAAAAGUGUUCUCCUUCUGAUUGAAAUAGUCAUGUCGUUUUAUUCAUUCUUUAUCAGAUGGGAGAAACAAAGAGAUAAAGAAAAAAAAAAUAUAAGUGAUGAAAGAGAAGAAAGAGAUAUAAAUUAUAUAAAAGAUAAUAUUAACCUUAACAGUGAUGAUAAUAUAUAUCAUAUGAAUGAUAUAAAUAAUAUUAACAAAAGAAAGGAUUUAUGUACACAUAAUGAUAAUAUUAAUAAAUAUAUUAAAGAUACAGAAUAUCAGCAUGGGGAAAAAGAAAAAAGUAAGAGCACAUAUGAUGAAAUUAAUUAUCAACUCUUUUAUGAUCUAAUAUCCGGAAAAGUAAAAAGGAAAAAAAAUAUUAAGAACGAGGAAAAUCAUGAGAAAAAAAAAAAAGAAGUAAAUAUGCAAAAAGUGAAAAGAAAGAAAUAUAAAGAAAGGAAAAAAAAGAUGAAUAAUAGUAAUGAUAAACCUGACAAUUUUUUUCCAUAUAUUAAAUAUGAGUGUCAUGAAAGUGAAAAUACUGUUUCCUCAAAUAAUUAUGAAAAUAUAAUAGGUACUAAUAAAGGAAUUUCAAGUGAUAAUAAUAAUAAUAAUAAUAAUAAUAAUAAUAAUAUGUCAUCAAAUAGUAGUACAAAUAAUAAAUCACCAAAUAGUGAUCUCAAUAAUAUAUCAUCAUAUAGUGGUAGCAAUAAUUUAUCAUCAAAUAGUGAUAGCAAUAAUUUAUUAUCAAAUAGUGAUAGCAAUAAUUUAUCAUCAAAUAGUGAUAACAAUAAUGUAUCAUCAAAUAGUGAUAGCAAUAAUUUAUUAUCAAAUAGUGAUAGCAAUAAUUUAUUAUCAAAUAGUGAUAACAAUAAUGUAUCAUCAAAUAGUGAUAACAAUAAUGUAUCAUCAAAUAGUGAAACAAAAAUUAAAUUAUCACAUAAGGAUAUGUAUAAUUGUUAUAAUAAUUAUUCAUAUGCAUCAUCAUAUAGUAAUAAUGACAAUUCAUUUAUAGCAAGGGAUAUAAAUAAUUGUAAUGAUAAAGGAGAAAAUGUUAAUCCUUUACAUUAUAAUGAUUCCAUAGACGCUCCCAAUAAAUUCUUGAAUGGUAAAAUUUGUUAUGGACAACACAAUAAGAAUAUAUAUUAUAUUUCGAAGGAAAAUAAUAUAUAUAUUGAUACAGAAAAAAAAAAUAAAAUAAAUAAAAAUAAUAAUAACAACAAUAAUAAUAAUAAAAAUAAUAAAAUUAUUAUUAAUGAUAAGGAUUUAAAUAAAAUGAUGAGCUAUAUUAAAAAUAUCCUAAUAUAUGUUAUAGAUGAAUGUGAUACAUAUUUUAAUAUAGAAUUUUUGUACACGUUACAUACUUUUGAAUUAUAUUAUUUAUUUCAUAUAUUUAAAAAGCUGUUAUUAAAAAAGAAAGAUAUAGAAGAUGAUUUAAUAAUAAUGUUAACUUAUUGUGCAUAUAAAAUUGAAAAUAAGGAAAUCAUUGAAUAUUGUUUUUGGAGACUUGUCAGUAUAUUUGAAAGUGAAUGUAUUCCUAACAGUUGGAUUUUAUUAGAUGAUAAAACAAAUAAUCAACUAAAAAAAAGAUUGGAUGAAUUAAAAUUUAAUUUUAAAGAUAUGAAAAAAAGAAACAAAAGUAUAAAGAAAAAAGCAAAAAUAAAAAAUUAUAGUGAUUAUCGUAUUGAUAUAUUUUAUGAAACUUUUAACAUUUUUGAUACUGAAGAAAUACGAGAUGUAAGCAGUCAAAUAAAUAUAAAUGAAGGUAAUUUAUAUUUUAAAAAUAAUAUAAUAGAUAAAGAUAUCUUUAUUAAUUUUAUUAAUAAAACAAAAAGAGAAUUUUCUUAUUAUAAUGAUAUACCUAAAGGAUAUAUAAUUAAUGAGUUACAAAGAAUACGAAAAUUUAAUGAAUUUUAUUCAUGUUGUUACAUAUUAAAAAAUGAUAAAAAGGAAAAGAUACUUAUGGGUUUUAAAAAGAGAGGACAAAAUAAAGUAUAUAUAUAUAAAUACGAUAAAAAUAUUAAAAAAAAAUUUAAAAAUAUUAAAACAUCUUUUAAUGUAUCAGGAUUUUUAGGAGUAUUGGUAUGUAAUUUUACAGGUAUGAAAAUUAAAAUAUAUGAUAAUGGCAUUUCAGAAAAAUACGCAAACUUUUUUCCAAAUUUUGAAAGAAAUAAUGUUAUAUCUAUUAGAUUUGAAUCUAAUAUUAUAAGUGAAUUACCAAGACAUUUCAUUUGUAAUAUUUAUAAAGAAAAUAAAAACAUCAAACUUAUUUAUGAAAAUAAAUGUCCUAUAUGGAAUGAAGAGAAAGAAAUUUAUGAACUCCCUUUUUAUGGACGAGUUAAAAUGGCUAGUGCAAAAAAUUUACAAUUAAUUCUAAAGAAAUGUAUUUUUAAUGAAUCAAAAAAAAAUGAUUUCUUGAAUAAAAAUAUAAAUGAUAUAAUUGAAUAUGUGUCAGCUAGCCAAAUUGAACAUAAACAGAAUUUUCAUGAAAAGGAAAAGGAUAAAGAUAACGAUAAAGAUAACGAUAAAGAUGACGAUAAAGAUAACGAUAAAGAUAACGAUAAAGAUAACGAUAAUAAUGAUAAUAUUUAUAAUGAUAUAUAUAAGGAUAACAAUACUAAUAAUUAUCAUAAUAAUCAUGAUAACAUGCCUAUUAAACAAAAGUACAGUGAAUAUAAUCAUACAAAGUGUGAAAAUAAAAAUAGUGAUUCAGGAAAUAAAAAGGUUAAGAAACAUAAUGAUGAAUACAUAAAUAGCUUUAUUAAAAAGAAAUUUUCUUUUGAUUUAAUUAAAAACAAUUUGAAAAAGAAAAAAGAAGAAAUUAAAUAUGAAAUUAUAAAUAAUGAUGAAGAUGAAAUAUUUUUAAUAUUUGGGAAAAAUUCUAAAGAUUAUUUUACUUUAGAUUUUCGUCAUCCGUUAUCAACAUUUGAAGCUUUUUCAGUUGCCAUUUCAUCUUUGCUAAAGAAAAAAGCUGUAUCAUAA